AUGCUUCAAAAAUAUGUUACCGAUUGUCCAGAACACCCCGAUGAAAUGGUGCUUAGUAAUGCAAGUAGUAUGGGGAAUAAGGCUGCCAAUGAGAUGGACAGAGUGACCAUGGAAGAAGAAUAUAUUCAUGAGUUUGGUGAAGAAGAGAAAGGGAAAUUAAAUUAUGUGGAUUACUUGACUGGAAAUCCGAUGCCCAAUGAUGCCUUAUUGUACGCAAUACCUGUUUGUGGUCCUUACAGUUCUGUACAAUCUGAUCAUAUAAAUAUGGGUUAUGCAAUUUGUACACUCAAUUUUUAUACUAUGGAUAAAUAUUGUGUCAAGAUAAUUCCAUGA